AUGGCGCGUGGCGGACACACACACACACACACAUGCAGAUUGUGGUCUCUGAUAACGAGCAGUACUCAGAAACGUCCAUCUUCGGCUGUCAUUCAUUUGUCGUCUGAAGACUGGACCACACACACACACACACAAACACACGCAUAUGCACCAUGAGACUGGUUCUUCCAAACCCCGGGCUGGAGGAGAGGAUCCCCUCUCACGAGGACCUGGAGAGGAUGGAGGAGUUUGAGGCAGGGGACCGGCCCAAAUGGGACAACAAAACCCAGUAUCUGCUCACCUGCGUGGGCUUCUGUGUGGGUCUCGGCAACGUGUGGAGGUUCCCUUACCUAUGUCAGAGCCACGGAGGAGGUGCUUUCAUGAUCCCUUUUCUCAUCCUGCUCGUCUUCGAGGGCAUUCCGCUGCUGUACCUGGAGUUCGCCAUCGGCCAACGCCUCAGAAAGGGCAGCGUGGGGGUUUGGUCCGCGAUCCACCCCUACUUCGCUGGAGUUGGUAUUGCGUCCAUGACAGUGUCGUUCUUAGUGGGCAUGUACUACAACACCAUCAUGGCCUGGGUGAUGUGGUACUUCUUCAACUCUUUCCAGAGCCCGUUGCCAUGGAGCCAGUGUCCUCUUAAUGAUAAUCUCACAGAUCUGGUGUCGGAAUGCAAACGCAGCUCUCCGGUGGACUACUUCUGGUACCGAGAGACGUUAAACACCUCGGAGGCUAUAGAUGAGGCCGGAGGUCUGCAGUGGUGGGUGGUGCUGUGUUUGGCUGCUGCCUGGAGUGUGCUCUACAUUUGCUGCAUCAGAGGGAUCGAGACCACAGGCAAGGCUGUGUACAUCACCUCCACUCUGCCGUACGUGGUCCUCACCAUCUUCCUCAUCAGGGGACUCACUUUGAAAGGAUCUGUGGACGGAAUCAAGUUCCUCUUCACACCAGAUCUAGACGAGUUGGUGAACCCAUCAACGUGGUUGGAUGCGGGAGCUCAGGUGUUCUACAGCUUCUCCCUGGCCUUCGGGGGUCUCAUCUCUUUCUCCAGCUACAACCCCAUCCACAACAAUUGUGAGCAGGAUGCUGUUAUCAUCUCCAUUAUUAAUGGCUGUACUUCUAUCUACGCUGCCACGGUCGUCUACUCGAUCAUCGGCUUCCGGGCUACGGAGCAGUUCGACGCCUGCCUUAACGAAAACAUCUUGAUGCUGCAGAAUGCAUUCGAUUUGGCUGAGGGAGCCAUCACAGAGAUCAACUAUGACGAGCAGCUGCAAUGGCUCAACAGCACGAUCUCGGGGCCGGAGAUCAUUCAGGGGCUGGACCUCAGCACCUGCAACCUCAGGGCCUUUCUCAGUGAUGGAGUGGAGGGAACCGGUCUGGCUUUCAUUGUGUUCACUGAGGCCAUCACAAAGAUGCCUGUUUCUCCUCUGUGGUCUGUCCUUUUUUUCAUCAUGCUCUUCUGUCUCGGGCUUUCCACCAUGUUUGGCAGCAUAGAGGGGGUUGUGGUUCCCUUGCAGGACCUCAAUAUCUUUCCUAAGAAGUUUCCAAAAGAGGCGCUCACAGGGAUCGUGUGCCUCUCAUCCUUCUCGAUCGCGCUCAUCUUCGCCCUGCGCUCUGGUAACUACUGGUUGGCCCUGUUUGACGGCUACGCAGGCUCCAUCCCUCUACUGAUCAUCGCUUUCUGCGAGAUGGUUGGUGUGGCCUACCUGUAUGGAAUAGAUAGGUUUAACGAAGAUAUGGAGUUCAUGAUUGGACACAAACCCAACAUCUUCUGGCAGGCCACCUGGAGGGUGAUCAGCCCUUUGAUCGUCUUGGUCAUCUUUGUGUUUUACUUCGUUACCAAAGUCAGUGGCACGCUGACUUACAUCACAUGGAAUCCAAGCUCGGAAAACUUCCCGGUUUUGGAGACGUUAGAAUAUCCCAGCUGGAUCAAUGUUAUCAUCUUCCUCUUGGCGGGACUUCCUGGUCUUUUUAUCCCGGGAUAUGCUUUGUGCAAGUUACUUAAGAGAUGCUGCUGCAAGAAAGAAAUAAAUAAACGUGAGCUCAACACUGUAUCUGCCAAUGUCAACAUGUAGGAAACGCAAUAGAAAUACAAGCACAUUAAACUGUUGUUUGACAGAUUUAAAACUUCGAUGUUUAAUACUUCAAGACAAGAAGUGAGUGCAAUAAAGAAUAUUUAUUCCACUGCAGGUUAUGCUUUACUUUCUUAAUAGUUGGUUUGUUAGCGUGAUUUUAAGACAUUAUCUGACCUGUUUAUUAUGAGAAAAUUUGAAUAAACCUAUUUAAAAAAAAUUA